UAAAAAUGAUUAACAAUAUUCCUUUUGAUCAUUCUGCAAAUAUGAUGGAACAGAUAAGGAAAAAUCAAUAUCCUAUGAUUAAUGAUGAUGUUUAUGAAGUAUAUACAUCAUCUGAAUUCAUGAAUUAUAUUGGAGAACCAUUGUCUUGCUCUGAAGAACGUUCUAAUUUCCAUUUAAUGGUUUUUUGGACAAACAAUCAACCUCAAUCUACUUGUGUGAAGGAAAAGAUCAAAUUAGCACUUCAGAGAAUUGAAACAUCCCAAGUAAUUUUACUACAGUUUUGGGGACUGGAAAAUAUUGAAGGUAGAAAGUUUCUAUCAACUUCAGGACAACCAUUUGGUCUUAGAUAUCUAUAUAAAGGACUCUGUUGGUAUAGAAAACAUUGCCAAGGUUACAAAUAUAGUGUCGAUAAGGGCGAAAAUCAUGAACAAGGAAUGGAAAAAACUCAUCUUUUUGGUCCACCUACACGAGUUUUCCAGCAAAAAUUGCCUGAGUCAAGUACUCAUGUGGGGUAUUACACGAAUGAAGAGUUUCCGAUGAGGGAUCAUGUUCUCCAGUGUGGUGUUCGGACUUAUUUGGCUUUGCCUGUGUUUGAACCUGUUGACAAGAAUUGCAUUGGUGUGAUUGAGCUUGUUACAGUUUGGAAAGGUGGCUACUUGACUUGUGAAGUUGAACGAGUACUCAAUCCGCUUGAGGCAGUAGAUCUCAAAUGUCCUAAAAUAUUUCUCAAUAAAGAUAGAAAAGUACAAGCAGAGAAAUAUAAUGAAGGGGAGGAAUUCAAAAGGAUGUUAAAAAUCGUGCGAGAAACACACAAGUUGCCUUUCAUUCGUGUCUGGAUUCCCUGUGUGAAUCUAGAAAUGGACCACAAUGGCAUGUAUGUUGGCUGCACCGAGCUUGCCAUGUCUGCUAGCAAUGAAGUUUACUUUGUCGCGGAUGAGGAAAUGGAUGCUAACGAUCAUGUUUAUGAUGACUACUAUUAUGAUGAUAUGUUAUGUUUCCGAGACAUCUCCAAGUUACAACCUUUGCAGAAAGAUCAAGGGGUUGUUGGGAAAGCAUUUUCUUCUGGCAAGUUGUGCUAUUGCACGAACAUUACUGAGUUCAGCAUAAUCGAGUAUCCUUUGGUACAUUAUGCGCGUUGGUGUGGAUUGACUACUUCUUUUGCUAUUUGCUUGAAGAGUAGAGACGAUGCGUACAUACUAGAGCUGUUUCUUCCCCCUGAUAACGGAGAUCCAAAUAUGUUGCUUGGAUCAAUUUUGACUACAAUGGGACAGCAUUUUCAAAAUUUCAAGUUUGCUUCAGGUCAAGAGCUAGGAAAUGAUUCAAGUGUUCAAGUUGUUAAAGCUUCUUCAGAUAAGAAUGUGGAUUACUUUCAUAUUUAUCAAACUAGAGAUAGUUCGUUUAUGCCUGAAGUAUUGCACGUUGAAGAUAGUCGGAACCAACUAAUGGAAGGCAACGAAAAUCACAUGGAGAAGAAAGAAGACAGAAAACAAUCGAUGGUUCAAUCCAAUGUGUUAAGUAUCGAUUCGCAUGUUAUAUCAGAGAAGCAAUGUGUAAGUGUUAGUCAUUUGCAAAAAGAAAGCAGAACCAGAACUAAAGAUUCUGUCAACUAUGAUGAUCUCAAACAGCAUUUUGACAAGAACCUUUCUGAUGCAGCUAAAAGCCUUCAGAUUAGUCGAUCUACACUGAAGCGAUUAUGUAGAAAGUAUGGUAUUCGAAGGUGGCCAUUAUCGAAACGAAAGAAGUCUAGUGAAUCUGAUCAGCAGACAUUAACUAAGGUUUCAAAGAAGAACAAAUCAAUAGGUUCAGAAACUACAACACAAAAAGAUCAUGAGAGUUGUAGCAGCAGUUUUACAGUGAAGGCAACAUUUGGAGAUGAUAUGAUGAAGUUUAAAUUGUACACAUUUUCAAGAAAAGAUGAUUUGGAUAAUGAAGUGUCUAAAAGGUUAAAAUUACCAAUUGGAAGAUUUAGAAUAAAUUAUAUGGAUGAAGAUAAUGAUUGGAUAUGGAUUGCUUGUGAUGAUGAUUUGAGUGAUUGUUUUAAUAAUGCUCAAUCAUUAGGGAACAACACAAUUAAGAUGUUGGUUUUACCAGCAGCCAUCAAUCAUCAUUUUGAAUUGUAAUUUUACACUCCCUUAGCUGGACUCUACGUGUAUUGGACUAUCCUUUUUUUACAUGCUCAUAUACUUAUUAAUACGUUGUUAUAUAUGAUGUUAGUAACAUCAUGUUAUGUUACUAACUUAUGUGACACAUUUACCCUCUUA